UCCUCUGGGUGGCGCUGUACUUUAAUGCAAGAAUUUUCGAGUUGCUUUGAUGAUCGUGCAUUUGUCUUGGGUCGUCAAUGGUUUCCAUUUUUUCAAACCCAUUUUUUGUAGGAGCAGUAAUCUCGCCAUGAUAUGUUUGUUUACGAUAGUAAUGACGAGAAUGGCGCACACAGUGCGAUCAGAGUAAGUGGCGUGUCUUUCCUGUGAGACCAAAACGUAGUUGAUGGAAAAACGAAAAACCCACCCUGGAUUUAUUUACAGUGUUUUUUAAACGCAUGCUGUCUACGCCUGUAGUCCAGCUAGCAAAUCGUUUUCCUGUUGUUACCAUUGGAAUUAUACCACGGAACUUUGUGACUUAAUCAUUGCAGAAGUGCAGAAGGACUCCAAUGUUACAUACAAGCGCAUACGAUUUCCGUAACACUGUGACUGCGUCGCAGUGACUGUAAUUUGUGCUCCACAAGUAAUUACCGCGCGAGUGCAAUCAAAUCAACCGAUAACGCUGCUCCCAUGCAGAGCAAGCCUUAUAUUCUCUAUUACCUGGUUGUUUUUCUGUUGCAAUAGUCGAUGCCUUGUAGUGCAGGUGCGCUAGAUACGAUUGGAAACGUGCUCAAGCAACUGGCGGACUUAGUCAUGCUACUUCAGGAUUGCAGCUGCGGCGUCUGCAGUUGUUAACCGGCGGAUGUUAAGCGAGCAGGAAACCCCGCCUUGUUUAGUAUAAGCGAGGUGUAGAAACGUUGUCUUCGUCUCAGUAUGUUCAGGAAACCCGUAACGUCCAUUAGACCCCCGGACACGCAGUCAUCAGGCGAAAUAGAAGGUGGCGAAGAAAACGGUUCAACCAAAAUAACGCGUCCCCAGCCAGCCGUCGUUUCUACUAUCAAUACAGCGGUUUCUAGAGUAAACGGCACCGCCAUUUACUCAAAUACAAUCGACAACGACGAAAGAAUCGAAGAUAUUUACGCGUCAAUUCCGGUGACCAAUAUAACCACCGAUACAGGCAGAAGCCGCCUACAAACGUGCGUCAUUUCUGCAGGAGGAACUAAGAGCGGACCUCUACCAGAAGCUCCGUUAGAGCUUCUCGCUGAGAUCCAACGAGAAUUGCCCGUCUAUUUUCGAAAUCACGAUAGUGAAAAGCACUACGGCGUAUUCGCGAGACAAAACUCGGAACAGUUCAGGGACACCGACUCGAUCAGAUUUAUGAAACAGCAUCGGCUGUCGUGGUGGUGUAGUCCAGUUAACUCAUCAGAUAAUUCCGUAAUGGCUGAUGAAAGCCCGGACCAAUUUCGCGAAACGUCACAGGAUAUCUACGAAGUUGUGGCAGAAAAUCACCGGGAUAACAACUACGAAACUGCAAGAAAAUGCCAAACAGAGCAGACUGAUGAGAGUCUAUCCAAAAACAUCGAUGAUGCGAAGAAGAACCCUCACGACUAUGAAGUUAUUCCCGAAGAUUUUUUUCUUAAGCAACGCGAGCUAAGAGAUUUCAGAUCCGCAGCUGUUCCAGCCGCUCGUUCCAGUGCUCCCAAAACAUUUGCCCCUGUUGCGAGCGUAUCGUCAACGAAUCCCUUUCAUGUUGGUGCUAGUAACAUGACGAGUGACUAUAGUUCUCCUCUGUCAGCCGACUUCCCGAUUUUGCCCGACACGGACUCUUUCUCGCACCAUCCGAGCCGAUCUUCCGAGCUUACGCAGGCGUCUCUUUACGAUGUACCUCGUUCUCCACAACCACCCCCUGGGGAGAAAGGCAGCUGCUUAUCAGACAACCUUUAUACACCUUUUGACAUCAGUUUAGGGAAUAGAGGCAAUGAGUCUGGUGAGGACGGCAGCUCAUUAACAUACGAUCUGCCCCGGAAGACCGAAAGGGGAAAAGCGCGCCAUGAUUCAAACCAAGAGACUGGAGAGAUUUCGUGUGAGCUGAACAAGCAUUAUGAUGUUCCAGCGAAUCUACCUCAUCCUGCCGCCAGGCCGAGAAGGGUGAUCCCGGAGCCCCGGCGAAACCUUCUCAGAGAGAACAAUGCCCUCAGUUGCAGCGAUGCCAAUAAAAACAUCGAUACUUGUCACAAACUUUCUCGAAUGACACACCCUCCACAGAAUAAUCAAUACGAAGUUGUUUCAGAAAAGCCGGUACCUGAAACUAGUUCAGGACUUUCUUCCGAGGCAGUUCGAGUCCCCGCUAUCCAUCCACGACUUUGUUCGACUGACGAUUCCGCAAAGCAAGGUUCAGCUGCUGCCCUGGCGGAAAUGCUCAUCUUCCCAGAUACAUACGAUCUACCGAUUCCAGCAGAGUCCGCCCAAGGAGAACAGGAUCCCAAUUGGGCUUCAGAUCUGAGCUCUUUGUUACUCAAUGAGCCAACGUACGAUGUCCCAUUAGCCACGAGUACGACUCCGCCACCAGCGGGCUCGCCCCCGCCACCUUCGGAUCCCCCGCCACCUCCGCCGCUUUCCAGUAGUCCGGUAUCACUACCACCCCCGUCAAGUCCACCGCCUGCGUUAAUUUCUUCGACUUCAGUAACACCACCGUUGCUGUCAUUGAGUUCGAUGAGUUAUCCCCUACAGACGCAACAACAGCCUCCGGUAGCCACCUCGGCUAGUUCCUCGGGAGUAGCAACCGGGCCGAUCACCGAUAGUGGACAUAGUAGCAGCAGUAGCACUAGUGGAGUGAGCUUAACAAUAGCAACACCAUUGUCACCUGUGUUUAGUUCCGUAACAGAACAUCACUUCCGAGAACAGAUGGUAGCCACUAACCACCAACCCCCGCCGGUCCCUGCGCCCCGCCAAAAAGCUCCGCCGCCGUUACCUCCCAAAACUGAAGUAACAGCUCCUCGAUCACGUCCUUUCAAUGAGCAUCGCAAGUUCUCUCUCCAAAAUACAAGCGCUUCGCCGGUAAAAGAAUCUGUAUUAUCAGAAAGAGGUAAUUCUCUAACGUCGUGGUAUUUAGACACAAACCAGAUCCGCAAUUGUGAUAUUCCGCACCGCGAGCUGAUGGGCAGUUCCGAAGAUGGAAGUACUGAUCCUAGUUCGAUGCCCUCAAUGUCUCUUGCAUUCCCCUCUCCACUGAAGCACUCGCCUAGUGGAAAACUUCCUUCGAGCGGACUAACUGGGUCAGGUUUACAUCAACGAAGCGGAAGCAGAAUUUUUUCAUCGGCUAUUAAGAUUUCUAGCAAACUCAUGCGAAAACAGAGUGCAACGGCGACUAUUUCCUCGGAAAGUUGGGAUUCGAAUUCCGCUGAUAGCGAUACCAAUGAUGGAAUGGUGCUCUACUUCAAUCAACUUGACGGACGAAAAGAUUACUGUCAGCGGUUAUGCGUCAUUGGAGAUGGCUUCCUCAAACUAUAUGAUAACGAUUUGAUGACAAGCCCAUCAUUAUGCCUUAGUUUUGACGAGGUCACUCUCUUACUGGCGAGGAGGGAUAUUUGUCCCUCGUCAAAGAGUGCACCGAACCUUUUUUUAAUCGAUGUUCGAGCAAAUGGAGUGAGUCGAAGUCUUGGGUUCACUUCGGCUAUCGAGCGAGCUGAGUUCCUCCGAAGAGUGAAUCAAUCAUUUAAUCCCCCUUGUCUUCAACUGCAAGGUGAGAUCUGGGCGUCUGGCAUACUAUGGUGUCGCUACUCUGCAUCGGGAGACUGGCAGAAUGUCAAAGCCGUAAUUCACGGAAAGGAGUUCACGCCGAUUCUAGCGGAGCGCCAGGAUAAUGAUGCGGCGACCCUGGACGGAACCACAAGGACAAUGACCGUGCCCGCCAAUGUGACAAUUGACCUUCGCAAAGCUAAGGCUGUUGAGUGGACCCCCGCAUCGCAAGGGAUGGGGGGCGGCGACGUUUCUUCUAGCAGCCCAACGCUGCCCAGUAGUAGUGGUGGAUCUCCACCAAUGGACCGCAUUUUUCACAUUGUGCUUCCUGGUCAAACUAUAUAUCUUCGGGGCCCAGCAUCGCAUGAAACGCUUGCCUGGUUCGACUUACUUGAAAAAACACACACAACUUACCUAGAUAAGAAGCUUUUAAGCGAGCAAUACCUGAAUACGGAAAACGUGCCGCUAGCCGUUGAGAAAUGUGUAAACUUCGUUUCGGCACAUGGCUCGGAUCUGAUAGGAGUUUAUCGUCUGCCUGGGUCUCAAGUAAAAAUCGAACGACUCGUCGAAGCACUCAAACGAAACGCAUGGGACGUUCACUUAGUACCGGAAGAUUAUUCAGCUCACGACGUUGCAAAUGUCCUCCGCCGCUUUCUGCGUUCUUUUGAUGACUGUCUGUUAACCCAACGCCUUUACGAUUCAUGGAUCAAGUGUUCCAAGAUUGAAAGCCUGGACGAGCGCCUACCGCGCCUAAAAGACAUCAUCUCGGAGUUGCCGACGGUAGAAUGCGCCACGCUUCGUUAUCUAUGCUCACACCUGAAGGCAAUCGCAGACCGUCACGAGGUAAAUUUAAUGACCGAAAUAAAUCUGGCCACGAUCUUUGGUCCAACUAUACUCUUCAAAGAAUCACCAACAUCGCGGGGAUAUCGAGACCCUACCCAAACACCAACAACGUCUCUUGCGGAAACGAAUUAUAGUCUGACAAUAGCGGCGGAUCUACUCAACCACUUCUGUUUCCUUUUCGACGUCUCGCAAGAGGUGGUGGCAAAAGAACGUGAGAUUCAACGGUUAAUGGCCGAACUUCGAGAAGCGAGGGUGGCUCAACGUCCAGCGGGCGAUAUCCUUGUCGGUGUACACAUCUACAACAGGGAGUGGGGUCGUUGUCUAAAUAUUAAGUUAACUCCAUCUAUGACUGCCCUAGGGCUAUGCCGUUCAGUUAGGGCGCAGCUGAAGCUCGCUGACUUAGCAAACACACUUGCCGUAUUUGAGGUGAUCUGUGAUCAGCAACUCGAGAGACCACUGCACCAUUCAGAGUCCGUCUUCCGCGCGGUCCUUCGGUGGACUGACUGGGAUACGGAGUUCGCAAAAGGAAACUACCUUCUGGUAAAAAGAAAUUAUAUUUACGACGAUGUCAUUAAUUUCCGAAACAACGUCAAACAACCGCUGGCCAACGCAUCGGAGGUGCCGUUUGCGGAAGCAAGUUCUAAGAAGUUCAAUAAAGUUUCUAUGGAGUUUGCACGUGCGGCCCUGCAGAUCGUCAAGGAGAGAAAGGAUAGCAAGGACAAAAGCCUUAAAGAAAAAAGAAUUCUUAAGGAGUGGCUUGCAGAGAACAUCGAAGUCUACGUCGGCGCUGAGCCCAACCGAAAAGCGCCCACAAAAUUUUGUCUCUCUUUUCUCGUUAAAAAUGAGCAAGUCCGGAGCAUACAUCCCUUAUCGCUCCAGACGAAGAAGCACCUGACUUACUAUUACUGUAAAUGUGAUGUCACUAGUAUUAUUAUUCGGAAUCUUAAUGUUAGUGGUAGCCGCCAACUAUUACGCCUUAUAGGGAUGAUAAUCUUGUACCCUUUAGCUGACAUACUUGUUGAAUGGGUAUCCGCUGCUUUCCAAAUUCACCCUAUUGUGUACAUACAUUCGCGUCGAAAUCGCAGUCCAUUUAUCACAGACGUCUACUAAAUAGCUUAUAAAUAAAUGUUGCACUAGAAAUAACAUCAAUGAUUCGUUAGUACUAAGAGUCGCGAUACGGUUGCGAUCAAGUCACUCGGCGAAGAGGAACUUCAUGAGGAGUUUUAUUAGAAAUUAACUUAACAUUAACGUAUUAGCAUAAUUCUGUAGAAAGUUGUAACCAGUAACAAACAACAAUUUAUGGCAUAACACCGUGGCCAACCUGCGCGAAGAUCCCAAUGACGUAUAUUAAAAAUUAUCAUACCACUACAAACUCUAUGACAUUUAAUCUAUUUGUCGUUCAAGUAAGCGUAUAUUUCCCAACGGUCAUCACAAAAAUCGAGUUGUCAUGAAGAUGCUGAGACUUGAUACGUUGCUUUGUCGCGAUAUUACUGUUAGUUACGUAUACAGUAUUCUUCUUGUAUAUUGGAAUCGGUUGUUACAGUUGAAUCGAUUAUACUCAACAACGCAGAAAUUGUACAUGCAGUGAGCUCUAGACUACUCGGAAUGGAGGAGGUUUCUGUUGUUCUUUUCACAUCAUGUAUAGGUGCAGCAUCUCCUCAUUGAUAAUUUGAGCGAAACGGCAAUAUAUAAUUUAAGAGAAAUUUACAACUUUUCCUUUUGUUCAAUUUAAGAGUCCCGAAUUUGUACUGGCGAAAGAGACAGAAGUUCAGUUCUAGCGGAAACGAUUUUCUUUCUCAAGAUAACAUUCAAACUUUUGAUCUGCUGCAUACGUUAGAUAGCACUCGCGUUAUUCAAUAACAAGGUGCUUGAAAAUAAAGAAUGAGAUUGAAACACAUUGUUGAAUUUCGACAUACAACGAAAAUACGUAACAUGCACACAAGUUUAACACCUGCAGGCAACCUUUUGCAGUAACAUGAGACUCCGAUGGCAUGGAUACAUCGAAUGAGCGGCCAUAUGUCAGGCCCUUUUAUAUUCAUUACCUAUGAAUAAUGAACUUUAUGUUCAAAUCAGUGUUAGUUAUAACGUAGAUAUGAUGAUAGAGCUUACGUUUUACAGAAUUGACCAAAUUAUACACCUGCACAGCAGGAAGCCAUUUAACAUACUCGUGCGCGCGGUCGUUUAUGCUUGGCAAAGAUAUAUAGAAAACAUGUACACGUUAUGAAUGAAGCAUUAUAAUAAACCAUGUGUAAUAUACGGUACCAUUUCAAUUGCAAUGCGCUUAGUAUAUAUAUAUAUAUAUAUAUAUAUAUACAUAUUGGAUACAAUGCAAUCUAUAUUUAUGAUCGUUUAAAAAAUAAACUUUAUAAUGCUGUACGUCUACGUAGGUUUUCUAACUUGCAAAAUAGGUUACAAUAAGUCAUAGGUUCAUUGAGAGGCCGCCGUGAUCGCUUAGUGGGUAUUUGCCUGCUGAUCUUAGGAACAUGUUGUGUCUAGGUGGAUCUAGAUCCAAACCCAGACAUACGCAAAUUUCGAUUUGUACUGCGGUUAGCUGUCUAAUGGAAUGCUUAACGGUAAUAUGGGACGUAAAUCUUGAAACAUAGACGUGUAUGAAUCCCUAAUAAGCUCAAUCAGACCCACUCGGCGUAAAUCUUUUAAAGGCACCUGAUGUCAUAUUCAACACUUGACUCCGAAAGUUUACUUGAGUUGUUAAAGCAGUUGAAGUAUUAUAUAAAAUGACAACAAUUUCACGCUAUAUUUAAAACUGUGUUGUUAACCCAUCGUAUUGCAUCAUUAGUGUCUAUGUUUCUAACUUUACAAAAGUAUACGCAUUGUAUGUCGAACCAUCAUUUUGGAUAGUCUAUGAUUUUUUGCGUAGUAUUUAUAUCUUUAAUGUACUUAUAUAUAGGCCUUCGGCUUCGACCGACGUAUUAACUGUGCCCGCUACGUUCCCGAAAACGUCAGCCUCUGAAGGAUAGGCGUCCAUCAAAUCAAAUAAACUUCGGGGUGUUUUUGUAUGUGCACAUGACUAUGAAAAUACACCAGAAGGCUUUUGGGUUUUCUAUUUUUGUUUCCUUGUAUUUUUUCCUAAUUUCCUUGUAUUAACGUUAUAUGUUUAAUUAGUUGAUUAAAUUUUUCCUAAGUAAGAUCAAUGAUCCAAGUUGUUGUAAAAAGCGCAGUCGAAUAAUGUUCAUAUGAAAAAUCACUGCGAACCUCUUGACUAAUACGCGGUGUCUUUUUUUUGGGCAGACGAAUUUAACAUCCUGCGCUUAUAGAAGCUUGUGUUUACCAGAAUCUUCGUUCGCUUUAGCAUACUUUUGGCAGUGUAUGCACUUUGCUUGAAAAAACAAAUCUCCAGAAAAAUUUGCCAGGUCACAACGAAAUGUCUCUGCUUUUCACAUCUUCUCAAAUAGCCUUAAAAGCAUUAAGAUGAGUUUCGAGACAUUAACGCGAACAAUUCGGCCUGCCGCGGAAGCCCUGUGCUCUGAAGUGGUAAACUGUGCUUUGACAGGCAUCAACCGGUAAACUUUUCUGUCUAACUUGAACAUCCGUACAACCGUUGACCAGUGAGAACUUGGUUUUUAAUGUGCUAAUAUUGAAUUGGUGCAAGAAUGGCGCUCCAACGUUGACACUCAUUCACAUCACAAUCAGAUGGUGCCGAAACGACGUGGGGCUAGGAUCUGGUUGGCGCAAACAUGUAAUUUUCCGUUUUCGAAGGCACUGGGCGUUAAAAAAUCGGUACUUCAUCCCUAAUACCCGUUUUUUUGCCAACAUUUUUGUGAGGCCGAGAGCUAUACCUCUGUAGGAUGUGGGAAC